CUCUCUCUCUCUCUCUCUCUCUCUUCCCCUCUAACAUAGCUCGAGAGAGAGUGAGAGGGCAGAGCACAAGAAAGCUACCUCGAAGUCGAAGAUAUUUUCUCCUUCCUAUGUUUCAACAGUAGCAAUCAUGAUGCCCUCUUCUCACCUCCAGUAUCAUCGCCAUCAUUGCUCCUACCUUAUGUCUUUGGCUUUAUCAUCAACAUCAUCUCCUCCACAAUCUUCAAAGAAGUCAUCAUUAUCAUUAUCCACCUCCACAGAGGUAGCAACGAAAAGGAAGAAAAAGAAGAGGAGCAGAAAGAGAUCACGUAUAUAGUAUUAUCAUCAAAUUAAGAAGAAGAAAAAGAAGACACGAACCUUUCAUAUUUCGCGAGCUCUCUCCAGCUUCUUGGGUUUUCCGGGCCGUGAAUUUAAAGACUCCAUCUUCUCUCUUCUUUUCAAGACUUUUAGUUCUUCUUGGGGAAUCAAGCCUCUCGGUCCGAUGAUUAAUUUGCUACACCAAGCAAAUUAACUAGUUUGUAGUACGUACCUAUUAUUAUUUUUCUCAUCUUGCACAUAAAGCUAAUAGAGAUAUCGUUAGGAUCUCUGGUUUCUUAUUUUGGGUUUGCUUUUAGGGUUUGGUAGAAUUAUGUUUCUGUAUCACGAAAAAGAUUAUCUCUCUAAUAUGUUCUUAACAUAUUUUUCUUGUGUUUAAAUUGAAUUAAGGGGGGAUGGGAAUCGAACCUCUAGCAGCAGGUGCAUAUAUACCACAUUACCACAAGAGAGCAAGUGGUCCAAGAACCAUGUGAACCGGUAGGUGGAUUGCAAUUAUGUUCUCAUAUUCGAGUCCUAGUUAAACUCGUAUCCCUUAGCUUAUUCUUAAUUUUAUCGUUUUAUUUCGGGUUUAUUUUUCGAGGUAUCUAGUUCACAUCCUAAGCAUUCAUAAAUACUUCCUUCCCAGAUUUAUAAUGCUAAGUCUAUGGGUGGUCACCAUGUUAAGUUUUUGGUAAUUGAUUAAUUGAAGAAUAACAUUCAUCUUUAGCA